GUCAGCUGAUUAAAUAUUUGCAACAUUGUUGGGUCGUCGUCCUCUCAAACUCAUUGCAGAGAUACAGGAGAUACCCAGAGUUCUUCUUCCCAUUCAUGGCGCACAUGGUGGCCAAGCUCUCGAGCCUUUGAUACCCAUUCGCUGCCGGAGACCAGAGGAGCAUAGCUCAACACAGGAUAUUGCCUGAAUAGAAGAGAGAAAAAGGUGGGAAGAUUAUGCUUUGAAGGUGAAGAGAGUGGGAUAGAUUGAAAGAACGAAAUAUGGCUUUCAAGCCAUUAGUGUGGUAUUGUCAGCCUGUACCUAAUGGGGUGUGGGGAAGAGCUGUGGAGAAUGCCUUAGGUGUGUACACUCCUUGUGCGGUUGAUUCUCUGGUGGUGUCUGUCUCUCAGUUGGUGCUUUUGGGUCUCUGCUUGUACCGAAUAUGGCGGAUAAAGAAGGAUUUCAAAGUGCAGAGAUUUUCCUUGAGGUCGAAACUCUACAAUUACUUGUUGGGAUUACUGGCCGCUUACUGCACUGCAGAACCACUCUUCAGGUUAAUAAUGGGAAUCUCCGUGUUGAACUUAGAUGGACAGAGAGGCUUUGCUCCAUAUGAGAUUGUUUCUUUGAUUGUGGAGGCUCUUACUUGGUGUUCUAUGCUGGUCAUGCUCAUCUUAGAAACUAAAGUUUAUAUCCGUGAGUUUCGAUGGUUUGUAAGGUUUGGAGUGAUCUAUGCCUUGGUAGGGGAUGCCGUCAUGCUCAACCUCGUCCUCUCUUUGAAGGAUUUGUAUAACAGGUCCACUCUGUACUUGUACUUCAGUGAGGUCGCCAUUCAGGUUCUGUUUGGGAUUCUCCUGACAUUUUACGUGCCUGGUUUGGAUCCAUAUUCUGGGUAUACCCCUAUACUUUCUGAAUCUGUGGACGAGAAUGAAUAUGAAGAACUGCCUGGAGGAGAGCAGAUUUGUCCUGAGAGGCAUGUCAACAUAAUCUCAAGAACACUUUUCUCAUGGAUGGGUCCACUCAUGAAGUUGGGCUACAAAAGGCCUCUCACUGAGAGGGAUAUCUGGAAAUUAGAUGCUUGGGAUCGGACAGAAACCCUAUACAACAAGUUCCAGAGAUGUUGGGCUGAGGAAUCCCGAAAACCAAGACCAUGGCUUUUGAGAGCCUUGAAUAGUAGUCUUGGAGGCAGGUUCUGGUUUGGUGGCUUUUGGAAGAUUGGGAAUGAUCUGUCGCAAUUCGUCGGACCGCUCAUCUUGAACCGCCUGUUGCAGUCUAUGCAAGAAGGGGACCCAGCUUGGGUUGGUUACAUCUACGCCUUCUCAAUAUUUGUUGGAGUGGUAGGAGGAGUGUUGUGUGAAGCUCAGUACUUUCAGAAUGUUAUGCGUGUCGGUUUUCGCCUGAGAUCAACUCUGGUUGCAGCUGUGUUCAGAAAAUCUUUGAGGCUAACCCAUGAGGCUCGUAAGCGCUUUGCUUCAGGGAAAAUAACCAACUUGAUGACAACUGAUGCUGAAGCACUUCAGCAAAUAUGCCAAUCGCUCCACACUCUCUGGUCAGCUCCAUUUCGUAUUAUUAUCGCAAUGGUGCUUCUGUAUAAGCAGCUGGGGGUUGCUUCUCUUCUUGGAGCUCUCAUGCUUGUCCUCUUGUUCCCCAUACAGACAUUUGUUAUAAGCAAAAUGCAAAAACUCUCCAAAGAGGGGUUACAACGCACAGAUAAGCGAAUCGGUCUGAUGAAUGAAAUUUUGGCUGCAAUGGACACAGUGAAAUGUUAUGCAUGGGAGAAUAGUUUCCAGGCUAAAGUUCAGAGUGUCCGUACUGAUGAACUGUCAUGGUUCCGAAAGGCUUCCAUGCUGGGAGCGUGCAAUUUUUUCAUUCUGAACGCGAUCCCUGUUGUGGUGACCGUGAUCUCUUUCGGAAUGUUCACAUUGCUUGGGGGAAAUCUGACACCAGCUAGAGCUUUCACUUCACUGUCUCUCUUUGCUGUGCUUCGCUUUCCCCUAUUUAUGCUCCCUAAUAUAAUAACUCAGACUGUGAACGCGAACGUGUCGUUGAAGCGUUUGGAGGAGCUACUCUUAGCUGAGGAAAGAGUUCUAUUACCAAAUCCACCUCUGGAUCCCCGAUUACCAGCUGUCUCCAUAAGAAAUGGAAACUUUUCAUGGGAUGCGAAGGCGGAGAGGCCCACACUGUCAAACAUCAAUUUAGACGUCCCAGUGGGAAGCUUGGUUGCUAUUGUUGGGAGCACUGGAGAAGGAAAGACUUCUUUGAUAUCAGCAAUGCUUGGGGAGCUUCCUUCUGUGGGAGAUGCAAGCGUGACCGUUAGAGGAAGAGUGGCUUAUGUUCCUCAAGUUUCAUGGAUUUUUAAUGCAACUGUCCGUGACAACAUUUUAUUUGGAUCUCCAUUUGAAUCCUCAAGAUACGAGACAGCAAUAGAUGUGACCGCAUUAAGGCAUGACCUUGACUUACUGCCUGGCGGCGAUCUAACCGAGAUUGGUGAAAGAGGAGUUAACAUAAGUGGUGGGCAAAAGCAAAGAGUUUCCAUGGCCCGGGCUGUUUAUUCCAAUUCAGAUGUCUACAUUUUCGAUGACCCGCUAAGUGCAUUGGAUGCUCAUGUGGCCCGUCAGGUGUUUGAUAAAUGCAUUAAGGGGGAGCUGAGCAAGAAAACUCGAGUGCUCGUCACAAAUCAACUGCAUUUUCUAUCUCAAGUAGACAAGAUUAUUCUGGUCCAUGAAGGAAUGGUGAAAGAGGAGGGUACCUUUGACGAGCUUUCCAACAAUGGCAUGUUGUUCCAAAAGUUGAUGGAAAAUGCUGGGAAAAUGGAAGAGUAUGUGGAAGAAAAGGAAGGAAGUAGUGAGACUCUGGAUAAUAAGACCACAGCCGCCAAACCGACAGCUAAUGGGGUGGAGAAUGAUCUUUCCAAGAGUUCAGCCGACACAAAUAAACCAAAGGAGGCGAAAUCCGUCCUUAUUAAGAAGGAAGAAAGGGAAACAGGUGUUAUCAGCUCUAAAGUUUUGAUCAGAUAUAAGAAUGCAUUGGGAGGCCUAUGGGUGGUUAUGAUCCUCUUUUCUUGCUAUUUCCUGACGGAAGUUUUACGAGUUUCAAGUAGCACGUGGCUGAGCUACUGGACAGAUCAAGGUGACUCGCCCAGUCACGGACCUGGUUACUAUAACAUGAUCUAUGCAUUCCUAUCAUUUGGUCAGGUUCUAGUUGCACUGACAAACUCGUACUGGUUAAUUAUCUCAAGUUUGUAUGCUGCCAAAAGGUUGCACGAUGCCAUGCUCAAUUCAAUCUUAAGAGCUCCAAUGGUUUUCUUCCACACGAACCCUCUCGGGCGAAUCAUCAACAGGUUUGCCAAAGACCUUGGAGACAUUGAUCGCUUUGUCGCCCAAUUCGUGAACAUGUUCCUCGGUCAGGUGUCCCAGCUUCUCUCUACGUUCGUAUUGAUUGGGAUCGUAAGCACCAUGUCUUUGUGGGCUAUUAUGCCGCUUCUGGUUCUGUUCUAUGCAGCCUAUUUGUACUACCAGAACUCAGCCCGUGAAGUGAAGCGCUUGGACUCAAUAUCAAGAUCACCAGUUUACGCACAAUUUGGGGAAGCUCUGAAUGGCUUAUCGGCAAUUCGCGCAUAUAAAGCCUAUGACCGGAUGGCUGAGAUCAAUGGGAAAUCAGUGGACAACAACAUCAGAUUCUAUCAUGUGAACAUGAGUGGGAACCGUUGGCUCGCAAUUCGCUUAGAGUUCAUUGGCGGCCUCAUGAUAUGGUUCACAGCCACAUUUGCUGUGAUGCAGAAUGGGAGGGCAGCAGACCAGAAAGCCUUUGCUUCAACAAUGGGUCUCCUCCUCAGCUACGCCUUGAAUAUUACGGGAUUACUAACCGGAGUCCUAAGGCUCGCAAGUCUUGCUGAGAACAGCUUAAAUGCUGUGGAACGGGUGGGUACUUAUGUAGAUUUGCCUUCGGAAGCUCCGCCUGUCAUCGAGAGCAAUCGACCCCCUCCUGCAUGGCCUUCUUCUGGGUCCAUCGAAUUCGAGGACGUGGUCCUUCGGUACAGGCCUGAGCUGCCUCCAGUUCUGCAUGGUUUGUCCUUCACCGUUCCUCCAAGCGACAAGGUGGGAAUAGUGGGGAGAACUGGGGCCGGGAAGUCAAGCAUGAUUAAUGCCUUGUUUAGGAUUGUCGAGCUGGAGAGAGGCAGGAUCUUGAUUGAUGGGUAUGAUAUUGGAAAGUUUGGACUCAUGGAUCUUCGAAAGGUUCUGGGUAUAAUACCGCAAUCACCGGUUCUCUUUUCAGGGACGGUGCGAUUCAAUCUCGAUCCUUUCAAUGAGCACAAUGAUGCUGACCUGUGGGAGGCUUUAGAGCGGGCACAUUUAAAGGAUGUCAUCAGGAGGAAUGCAUUAGGUCUCGAAGCUGAGGUCUCAGAAGCUGGAGAGAACUUCAGUGUGGGACAGAGGCAACUCCUGAGUCUUGCUCGUGCACUGUUGAGAAGGUCGAAGAUACUAGUCCUUGAUGAAGCAACUGCUGCUGUUGAUGUUAGAACUGAUGCUCUUAUUCAGAAAACCAUUCGAGAAGAAUUCAAAUCUUGUACUAUGUUGAUCAUUGCUCAUCGCCUGAAUACCAUCAUCGAUUGCGAUAGGAUCCUUCUCCUCGAUUCUGGCAAGGUCCUGGAAUACAAUUCUCCGGAAGUGUUGCUGUCUAACGAAGGAAGCGCCUUCUCUAAGAUGGUACAAAGCACGGGAGCAGCAAAUGCUCAGUAUCUCCGCAGCUUAGUCUUUGGUGGAGGGGAUGAGGAAAGAAAUUCGGGCAGGGAACAGAACAGGAGAUUGGAUGGACGGAGGAGAUGGCUCGCUUCUUCUCGGUGGGCUGCAGCUGCACAGUAUGCCCUUGCUGUCAGCCUCACGUCGUCCCAAAACGAUCUCCAGAAGCUGGAAAUUGAGGACGAGGACAACAUUCUAAAGAGAACGAAGAAUGCAGUGAUUACCCUUCAGGGAGUUUUGGAAGGCAAACACGACAAUGUCAUCGAGGAGUCACUAGAACAGUAUCAGAUUCCGAGAGAUGGGUGGUGGUCGUCUCUUUACAGAAUGGUGGAAGGUCUGGCAGUGAUGAGCAGGUUGGCACGGAACAGGCUACCCCAGCCGGAGUACGGGUUCGAAGACAGAACAAUCGACUGGGACCAUGCUGAGAUGUAGAGAUCAGAAAUGCCUAUUGGAUCUAACCAACUCUUAUUGAAUUUUGCAUCCUAAUUUCCUCCUUUUUUUAUGUACAAUAAUUACAUACUUAUUAAUUUAGCAUAAGGGGAAAUUUAGGCUUGGCAAUACUACGAGGAUUCUUGUGCUGUGUACAUUUGUCUUGAAAGUUUGGUUCACAUGCAGGCGACCCGUCAAGAAAUAAUAAAGGGUCCGCCUCAACAUGUCAUACACUACGAAGGAACACUAUCGGGUUUCAAGUAAUAUUAUCAAGUUUGGUUUUGUUGUGCU